UCGCCCCGGGGACGGCCGGCCGUGGGCGCGAUGAGCCAGGUGCUGGGGAAGCCUCAGCCUGAGGAGGAGGACGACGACGAGGAGGAUGAGCUGGUGGGGCUAGCGGGCUACGGGGACGGGCCCGACUCCUCGGACGCCGAGCCGGACAGCGGGACGGAGGAGGGAGUUCUGGACUUUAGCGACCCCUUCAGCACAGAGGUGAAGCCAAGGAUCCUGCUCAUGGGCCUGAGAAGGAGUGGCAAGUCAUCCAUCCAGAAAGUUGUCUUUCAUAAAAUGUCUCCCAACGAAACCCUGUUCUUGGAAAGUACGAACAAGAUCUGCCGGGAAGACGUUUCCAACAGCUCCUUUGUUAAUUUUCAGAUUUGGGACUUCCCAGGGCAGAUUGACUUUUUUGACCCUACCUUUGACUAUGAGAUGAUCUUCCGGGGGACAGGAGCACUGAUAUUUGUCAUAGACUCCCAGGACGAUUACAUGGAGGCCCUGGCCAGGCUCCACCUCACGGUGACCAGGGCCUACAAAGUGAACACCGACAUCAACUUCGAGGUGUUUAUUCACAAAGUGGAUGGUCUGUCAGAUGAUCACAAAAUUGAAACCCAGAGAGAUAUUCACCAGAGGGCAAAUGAUGACCUUGCAGAUGCUGGAUUAGAAAAAAUUCACCUCAGCUUUUAUCUGACAAGCAUAUAUGAUCAUUCAAUAUUUGAAGCUUUUAGCAAAGUGGUUCAGAAACUGAUUCCACAACUCCCCACCCUGGAGAAUUUGCUAAACAUCUUUAUCUCAAAUUCUGGAAUUGAAAAGGCGUUUCUCUUUGAUGUGGUCAGUAAGAUUUACAUUGCAACUGAUAGUACCCCCGUGGAUAUGCAAACCUAUGAGCUCUGCUGUGACAUGAUCGAUGUGGUUAUCGACAUUUCUUGUAUUUAUGGUCUCAAAGAAGAUGGCGCAGGAACCCCUUAUGACAAGGAAUCAACAGCCAUUAUAAAGCUGAAUAAUACAACAGUUCUUUAUUUAAAAGAGGUGACCAAGUUCCUGGCUCUCGUUUGCUUUGUCAGAGAGGAAAGCUUUGAAAGAAAAGGGCUGAUUGACUAUAAUUUUCAUUGCUUCCGGAAGGCCAUCCAUGAAGUUUUUGAGGUGAGAAUGAAAGUGGUGAAAUCACGGAAGGUUCAGAAUAGGCUGCAGAAGAAAAAAGGAGCCACCCCUAACGGGACGCCUAGGGUGCUGCUGUAGGUGAGGUUUCAGGAACAUCUUUUGAAGUCAGACCUUUCAGUGAGGCUGCUGCUCUGUGUUGCACUAAAGGAAGAGGAAGAAGGAGAUGGGGACACAUGACAUAUAUUUGCUGUAAAAAAAAAAAUCCUGCCACCCACUUGAUCUUCUCUUUUUUUUAAAUAAAGUAAGCACUUUGAAGCAAAAACGUAUAUUAA